CGUAGGUAAAUUGAAAGCGAACCUCUGCGAAGCCAAUUACAGUACGAGUAAAUAGGAUUAAUUUUCAAUUAAAAUUAACGAUACAAUUGAACUUUUAAAAAAUGGUUGAUCAAAAAAAUAAUAGUGAAUUAACGGAUGCCGAAGCUGAAUUGUAUGAUAGGCAAAUUCGAUUGUGGGGUCUUGAUUCUCAAAAACGACUCCGAGCUGCAAGUAUUCUCAUAGUUGGAUUAAACGGAUAUGGAGCAGAGGUGGCAAAAAAUAUUAUACUUGCUGGAAUCAAAUCGGUAACGUUUUUAGAUCAUCACCUAGUUACGGCUGAGGACAUUUGUUCUCAAUUCUUGAUUCCUCGUGAUCAAGUGGGUAACAAUCGAGCAGAGGCGUCUUUGGCGAGAGCCCAGAACUUGAAUCCUAUGGUUAAAGUUAUCGCGGAUUCUGAUAAUAUAGACAAUAAAUCAGAAGAGUAUUUUAAAGACUUUGAUGUAGUAUCGGUUACUGAAUGUACUAUAGAUCAAAUGAAAAGAAUCAAUAACGCAUGUCGAAAAUACAAUACCAAAUUUUUUGCGGGAGAUGUUUGGGGAACAUUUGGAUAUACGUUUGCUGACUUAAUAGCACAUGAAUUCGCCGAAGAUAUCGUUCAAACGAAAAAAGUUCGUCAGCUAGGAGCUGGUGAGCCUAUUAACAAAGACAAGUUUGAAAAAGUUACCGUGACUAUAAAGAGUUUUGAGAAAUUUGUGCCUUUUGAGAAGAUCUUAGAUGCAUCGAAUCUCCCAAAAGACUCCGAUACAUAUUAUUUGCUUCUUGUUUUGCUAAAUUUUCGGGAACAUCAUAAAAGGAGUCCUUUGCCAACCGAUAGAAGUACAAAUAUCUUGAACGAGGAAGCCAAAGUAAUCAUUGAGAAAUACAAUCUCUGUAAUAAAUUAAAUAAUUUAUUAAAUGGGGACUUUUAUGCUCAAAUUAGUCCUGUAUGCGCUAUUGUAGGUGGUGUUCUUGGCCAAGAAAUUAUUAAAACAGUUUCGCAAAAAGAAAGACCUCAUAACAAUCUGUUUAUAUUUAAUCCAAGUACAAUGUGUGGCCAAAUUCUUAGACUAUCCUAAUUUAUAUCUAAAUAGUAUAAUUAUAGAAAAAUCUAUCUAUGAGAAUUAUAAAAAUUAAAUAAGAUCUAUUUUUACUGCAAUUUUUAUCUUGUAAAUGCCAUUUGU